AUGAACGCUACCACAGCAAAUCAGUCGGACUGCCUCGAGGUGAAGGUCCCAGUUCCUCUCUUCUUCAUUAUCGGUGUGGUAAGCCUGGCAGAGAACCUGCUGGUUGUGGUGGCCGUCAUACGAAACAGGAACCUCCACUCACCCAUGUACUGCUUCAUCUGCAGCCUGGCAGCCUUUAACACCAUUGCAAGCCUCACCAAAACCUGGGAGAACCUGAUGAUUGUGUUUGCCGAUGUGGGACAGCUGGAGAAGAAAGGUUUCCCUGAGAAGAACCUGGAUGAUGUGAUGGACUCCCUGCUGUGUAUGUCAUUUAUGGGCUCCAUUUUCAGUUUCCUUGCUAUUGCUGUUGACCGUUACAUCACCAUUUUCCAUGCUCUUCGAUACCACAACAUUAUGACAAUGAAGCGCACAAAGGCCAUCUUGGGUGUCAUCUGGAUAUCAUGUGGGGUGUCAGCCGUGCUUAUGGUGAGGUUCUUCGACUCCAAGUUAAUCAUGAUCUGCUUUGUUGUUUUCUUUAUUAUCUCCUUGGCAAUUAUCUGCUUCCUCUACAUCUACAUGUUCAUGCUGGCACGCAUCCAUGCCAGGAAGAUCGCUGCUCUGUCCACCAGCGGCGAAGGGAAGUGUCGGCGUCAGCGGUGGUGGGGCAGCAGCAUGAGAGGGUCCCUAACUCUCACCAUCAUGUUUGGGGUAUUUGUGGUGUGUUGGACACCGUUUUUCCUCCACCUCAUCAUCAUCAUGGUGUGCCCCAUGAACCCGUACUGUGAGUGUUACCGUUCGCUGUUCCAACUGCACGUGGUGCUGCUGAUGAGCCACGCCCUCAUCGACCCAGCCAUCUAUGCCUUCCGCAGCGCUGAGCUCAGGCAUACCUUCAGGAAGAUGCUGCUUUGUUCAGAUUGGAACUGGUGCUCAUAG